UUUGCUAGAGGGUACUGCAAGAAUGGCACUAGCUGCAGGUUCCUCCAUGGUGGUGGACUUGGAGAAGCUGAUGGUGGCGGUGCUGCUGUAAUGGUUGGUUCUCCAAGCAAGAUUGAGAUGAUGGAGCAGUGUUAUGAACUUCUCAGAUCUAUAACUGCUCAGAAACAAAGACUUGCUACUGCUUCUCAACUCAUGGUAUCUUCAAGCUUUCCUUACUCUCCAAAGGUUGUGGCUGCAGCUUUGAUGAUAAGCGAGGACUUACACAAAUUCGAAAGAUUGAGGCUUGAAAGGAGUGAUUUCUCUUUGAAUAUCCCUCGGAUGGUCAACCCAGCUUCCAGACAGAUCUAUUUGACUUUUCCAGCUGACAGCACUUUUAGAAAGGAAGAUGUUUCCAACUACUUUAGCAUUUAUGGGCCAGUUCAAGAUGUGAGAAUCCCAUACCAGCAGAAGCGUAUGUUCGGAUUUGUUACAUUUGUUUAUCCAGAGACUGUGAAGCUCAUUCUCUCAAAAGGGAACCUUCAUUUUGUGUGUGAUGCAAGAGUGCUUGUUAAGCCUUACAAGGAGAAGGGCAAAGUUCCAGACAAGUACAAGAUGCAACUGCAACAGGUAGAUAAGGAUUUUUCACCUUGUGGCACUCCUACUGGACUAGAUGCUAGAAACCAAUAUGAUCUCCAACUAGAUAACAAGCAUACAAUUGUUGUUGCAGAACUUUGCUUCUUGUUGUUGCAUACAAUCUGA